AAUGAUAACAAAACACACGUAGUCUUAGAAUUUUAGAACCAUUUAAAGUUUUCCUGUCCUACUACAAAGUUUAUGUCUAGUAUUCGUAUUUUGUAAAUCAACAUAAUGCGAUUUAUUUCCUUAAUUAUAAGUUAUUCGCUAUGUUUCUUGUACGUUUCUGCAAAAAUAGACCCGCAAAAUUUAAAAUGCCUUGUUUGUCGCCAGACGUUCGAAGAACUUAAUAAGGCUAUCAAGAACGUAGAGAAAUGGAAAAAAGUGGAUGUGGGCAACUUCAGAAUGGACGCGGAGGGCAACACCAUGCAGCAGAAGGUGCCCGCGCACCGCUCCGCCGUCUACAUCUCUGAGCUCAUUGACAGCAUCUGCAAGAAGAUGGACGACUACGUGCGCGUGUACUACAAGUCGACGGGCAAGCUGGCCAUCAUGCAGCUGAUGACGGAGGAGGGCGGCAUGAACCCCGAGUUCAGCAAGACCAAGUUCGUCACCGACGACGACCUCAACAAGAGUCUCGAGUACUACUGCGAGCGCAUGUUCGAGGACAGCGAGGACGAGAUCACGGCGCUGUACCAGCGGCGGCCGCACGACGACAUCAUGCCCGACGCCGAGCACGCGAUCUGCUUCAACCACACCAAGUACUGCGAGCCCUGGAUGCUGCCCACGUCCGAGGACACCACCUGGACGCCCGAGAUGGAGGCCGAGUACGUCAAGAUCCAUGGACCGGACCCGUACGGGUUCGGCGGCGCCCCCCCGCCGCCCGCCUCGCCCCACAUGCCCGACCUGGCCGACCUGCCCGACCUGGGCGAGUUGCCCGACCAGGAGACCGAGCCCGACCACGACCUCGGGGAGGACGAGUUGGAGGCGGAGGCGGAGGCGGAGGCGGAUAGUCGCGACGAGCUGUAGUCAGACAGGCAGACAUUCCUACACCCCUUUGUACUCAGUACUUUUAUUUGUUAAGUUUAGUAAAUAUAUUUUAUUGUUGUGAACUUUGCUAACAAAUACACAAUGAUUGUUGUAUGAAAUGUACACGUUGUGACGUCACACAUUCACCUCUCAUACAAAUACAACUGUGCCAAUUAUAAACAACAUCUACAAGUUAACUAAGUUUGUUCGUGUGACGUGAGAUGUCUCUCCACCGAGUCGUUGCCAGAGGAGGGACAU